GCGCCGGCGUCCAGUCCCCGCUGCCCGGCGCGCUGGGCGAUCGCGCAGAUGGCAGCGCUGGCGGCCGUGGCCAAGAAGGUGUGGAGCGUGCGGCGGCUACUGGUGCUCUUCUUCGCGCCCCUCGCGCUGCUGCCGGUGGUCUUCGCCCUCCCGCCCAAGGAAGGCCGCUGCCUCUUCGUCAUCCUGCUCAUGGCCGUGUACUGGUGCACGGAGGCCCUGCCCCUGACCGUCACGGCCCUGCUGCCCAUCGUCUUCUUCCCCUUCCUGGGCAUCCUGCCCUCCAGCAAAGUCUGUCCCCAGUACUUCGUGGACACCAACUUCCUCUUCCUCAGCGGCCUGAUCAUGGCCAGCGCCAUUGAGGAGUGGAACCUUCACCGCCGCAUCGCCCUCCGGAUCCUGAUGGUCAUUGGCGUCCAGCCCAUCAGGCUUAUCCUGGGCGUGAUGGUGACCACGUCCUUCCUUUCCAUGUGGCUGAGUAACACUGCCUCCACCGCCAUGAUGCUCCCCAUCGGCAGCGCCGUGCUCAAGAGCCUCUUCGGGCAGAAGGAAGCGCAGAAGGAGCUCCCCAGGGAGAGUGAAGAGAGCGAAGCUGCGGCGCGGAGGAACGGCCUACGCACGGUGCCCGUGGAGAUGCAGUCCCUCGCCAGCACUGAAGACAAAGGCAGUCUCGAGGAGGUCGAGGCACCCGCGGAUCUCUCUGCCGACUCCAAGAAGGAGAAGGAAUAUUGCAGAAACAUCUGGAAGGGGCUCCUCAUCUCCAUCCCCUACUCGGCCAGCAUCGGGGGUACCGCCACCCUCACCGGCACGGCCCCUAACCUCAUCCUGGUUGGACAGCUCAAGAGCUAUUUCCCAAUGUGUGACGUGGUGAAUUUUGGCUCCUGGUUCGUUUUCGCCUUCCCGCUCAUGCUGAUAUUCCUGCUGGUGGGCUGGCUCUGGAUCUCCUUCCUGUACGGGGGACUGACACUAAGGGGCUGCAUGAAGAAGAAAUCCGAAGUCAGGACUCAGGUGGAAAAGAGAGCGCGUGUGAAGAUUCAGGAGGAAUUCCAGAAGCUGGGGCCCAUCAAGUUUGCCGAGCAGGUGGUCUUCAUCCUCUUCUGUUUGUUCGCUGUCUUCCUCUUCACCCGGGACCCUAAGUUCAUCCCUGGCUGGGUCAAUUUCUUCCUCCCUGGGUAUGUGUCUGACGCUGUCACCGGCAUGACCAUUGUCAUCAUCUUGUUUUUCUUCCCGUCCCAAAGGCCCUCUCUCAAGUGGUGGUUUGACCUCAAAGCCCCCAGUGCCGAGACGCCGCCGCUGCUGACGUGGAGGAAGGCCCAGGAGACGGUGCCCUGGAACAUCAUCCUCCUGCUGGGCGGGGGCUUCGCCAUGGCCAAGGCCUGCGAGGAGUCGGGGCUGUCCACGUGGAUGGGCGGACAGCUGCAGCCGCUGGAGGCCCUCCCGCCCUUGCUGGCCGUGCUGCUCAUCACCGCCGUCAUCGCCUUCUUCACCGAGUUCGCCAGCAACACGGCCACCAUCAUCAUCUUCCUGCCGGUUCUGGCGGAGCUGGCCAUCCGCCUGCGAGUGCACCCCCUGUAUUUAAUGAUCCCCGGAACCGUCAGCUGCUCCUAUGCCUUCAUGCUCCCGGUGUCGACGCCCCCCAACUCCAUCGCCUUUGCCUCUGGACACUUGAUGGUCAAGGACAUGAUGCGCACGGGCUUCCUGAUGAACAUGAUGGGGGUGCUGCUGCUCACCUUGGCCAUCAACACCUGGGGACAGGCCAUCUUCAACCUGGGCACCUUCCCCGACUGGGCCGACAGCCACUGGGCCAACGCCACGGCACUGCCCUCCGUCACAGCCAACGGCACUUUUCGGACCCUGUGAGUCCCCCGGGGGGACCCCUGUGGACGCUUCCCCACCCAGAAGACCC